AUGGAAUUUGCUGGGGAUUUCUCGUUUCUUUCCCCUAAUGACGAUUGGGAUGUGCUAGGGAAUUCUGUUAAAGAGGGUGUCCCUGGCAAGCAGAUCGUGGAUGAGGGUGUUCGUGCUGACGAUUGUGGUGUUGGAACUCGUAUCAACGAGGAAUCAGCGACGAAGGAGAAGUACGCGUCCAUGGGAGAAGUUCCCGCUCAGUCUUCCCCAGAGGAGUUUUUUCAAUCUUGGAUGCUUGAGGGUGAAGAUUUGUCUCCCGAAGACUGGGUUGCGGAAGUGUGGGAUAGAAACUUGAGGGCCUCGGAAAUUAAUCUCGUGGUAGAUCCUACCUAUUCUAUCGCCGAGAUGAUGGCUAUCGCUGAUGGGUACCAGUAUGGUUUUCCCCAGCAUCGGAUGUUGGAGGAAAAAUCUUUGAAACUAGAAGCUAAGCUUCGUCACAGGGAAGAGGAACUAUCUGCGUCUGAGGUGGAGAUAAAUGGACUGAGGAGCCUCCUUAAGGAAAAAGAACAGUUGGGUAACGCUGAGGAGAGUCUUCGUUUAGAGCUUGCUGCAGAUCCACCUAUCACCAUGUCAAGAAUUCCUGAAGAUGUCUGCCUCGAUAUUUUCUUAAGGCUACCAGUGAAAUCAUUACUUACAUCCACUAAAGAGUACAAAAAAAUACCCAAAUUACAGCUAAAAGGUUAUAUGAAGGACUACAAUCAAGGCGUCUGUGCGUUUGGUUAUGAUUGCAAGAAUGAUGAUUACAAGAUAAUAUAUGUCGUAAAAUUUAAUGGAACUAAUGACAGUUCUUUAGUUGGCGUCUAUAAUUUAGGAACGAAUUCAUGGAAAAUUAGUCGAAGGGUGCUUGACGGGUUUCCUAGUAGGCUUUUUAUUGGGGUGCUUGUUGAUGGAAAUUUCCACUGGCUGAAUCAGACACAUGAUAAAAUAAUCUCGUUAGAGAUCAGCGAUGAGAAAUUCGAAGAAUUGGAAAAACCAGAAGAGCUAUUAGAGAAAAAGCAUCGCUCCAUCACCAUCGGAGUAUUGGAAAGAUGCCUUGCUUUAGUAGUUAAUUUCCAGGUCCAAUUCGAAGUCUGGGUGAUGCAAGAGUAUGGAAUUCGAGAAUCCUGGACUAAAAGUUACAAAAUCGCCGAUAAUAGAAUUCAAAGUGACGUCCCGUAUACAAGACUUGUGUGUUCUUUCAGGAACGGUGAGGUUCUAGUACUGUUGGCAGCCUAUAAAUUAAUAGUGUAUGACACAAAACAUGCAAGUACCAGAGAACAAAGUAUGCUUGACAUAGCCUUCUACAAGAAUGCAUUGAAUUAUUUUGAAAGUUUAGUGUCACUCAACUCUGACAGUUAUGUAGGGCAGAAGAAGAAGAAGAUUAAGUUUAAAAUUAAUCCUUUUAAAAUAUUUUGUACUUGA